AUGGCAGAGUCUCAUCAUAUUCAAACGUUGCUUUCAACGCUGCUGUCAACGCUCGGGCCCGAAAAGGUCUUUCAUCCAGGGUCCGACGGCUAUGCCUCUUCCAAUGCUUCGUACUUUGCGCAGCAACAGUCUCAGCUCCGACCCAUAGUCGUCAUCUCCCCCAAAAGUUCGGAAGAUGUUGCUGAGACAGUUCGCCUUCUAUCCAGUGCUGAAGACCAGGAUGGCAACCCAAUCCGGCUCGCUAUUCGAUCCGGCGGCCAUGCUGUCGAUGCCGGGUCCGCAAAUGUAGAUGACGGCGUAACCAUCGACCUGAGCUGCCUCAACUCCAUCCAAGUGAGCGAGGAUCGGAAGACGGUAUCGAUCGGCCCCGGCGCAAAAUGGGGGCAAGUCUACGAUGAGCUAGACGCAAUCGGCCUUUCCGUCGCCGGCUGCCGGUCCGCCCCGGUAGGCGUCGGCGGCUUGACUCUCGGAGGAGGCAUCUCGUACUUUUCGCCCCGGUUUGGCUGGACCUGCGACACCGUCACCAACUUCCAGGUGGUGUUGGCGGAUGGAUCCAUCGUGAAUGCCAACGACAAGGAGAACCAAGACCUUCUUGUUGCGUUGAGAGGCGGAACUAACAACUUUGGCGUGGUAACACGCUUCGACUUUGCUGCUUUCGAGCAGGGCCAAAUCUGGGGCGGGUCUCUCUUCCACAAUCUCGACACUAUCGACGACAACCUCAAGGCAUUUCAGGAUUUUGCUUCAGCUGAAGACUAUGACGAAUACGCCAGCCUCAUCACCAGUUUUGGCUUUGGGGCGGGACGAGGCGCCGGCAUUGUCAAUAGCGUCGAGUAUACCAAGCCCGCGGAGAGCUUGCCUGUUUUCGAGCCGUUGCUUCAAAUUCCCAAUGUGAUGAGCACGAUGCGGCUGGCUGGCAUGGGGGAGAUUUCUAGGGAGCAGGCGGUCUACUCUCCAUAUGGCCUACGCCAAUUCAGUCUUCAAACCACCCACGGCCCCAAUUUGGACGUGCUGAAAACCGUCUUCUCUUGCUGGAAGAAGAGCAUCUCCAUCGUUGAAGAUGUCGCCAACAUUGUAUGGUCCAUCUCUCUCGAGCCUCUACCUACAAUAUUCUACAAGAAAGCAGACACAACCAACAGCCUGGGCCUCUCGGAUAGGAACAAGCCCCUAGUUAUCACUCUCUUAACGGCCAUGUGGACGGACGAGGCAGAUGACGCCAAGGUUGAGAAGACAGCACGCAAGAUGCUUGUGGACAUUGAAACAAGAGCAAAAGAGCUUGGUGAGUAUGAUCCGUUUGUGUAUGUAAACUACGCAGCGCCGUGGCAGGAUCCGAUUGCUAGUUAUGGGAAAGAGAGUAUAGAGAGGUUAAAGAAAGUCCGUGAAAGGGUUGAUCCGAAGGGCGUGUUUACACAUCGUGUCACGGGAGCGUUCAAGCUUCCGGCUUGAGGAUGAAGACAUGUAUUAAGAAACACUAAAGUGUGAGCAGGUUGCCAUAGCGGCUAUAGUAAAUUGUACGAUUAAUGAAUAGCAUC